AUGUUCUGCGCGAAGCUGAAGGAGCUGAAGAUAUCCGGAGAGUGUCCGUUCUCCAGCGGCGCCAGGAGGAGCGAGCUGGGAGACUUUGAGGAGCGUGCAGGUGACGCCGCGGAUCUAUCGCCUAUUUCUAAGGACGUGCAUGGGGAAAUUGGCGAGGACGUGCCGCGACACAAGCCGAGCAGAGGCAAAGUUAACCUGCACACACUUGGGGAGAGCAUCCGAAAGCUGGCAUGUCCCGAGUUUCACAGACUGCACGCGGCCCUCCAUCGAAUGAUGAGACUCAGCAGGGACUCUGAAAGUCCAACGAUUUGCUGCACAGGCGAUCAGCGUUGCAGUCAAGAGCCAGAGCAUUUAUUUGAGAUGAUCAACAUUUACUCGAGUAAAACAGCAAUCCCGCUGGACGUGUUGAAAGUCUCUCUCGGCGUGGAGCUCUUCAACAUGUGUUACGAGGAGGACGGACACAUUCUGCGGGUGGUGGGGGGAGCUCUCCACGACUUCCUCAACAGCUUCAGCGUCUUGAUGAAACAGAGCAGCACGCCGCCCAACCCGGACAGAGAGGAUAGUGUAAACGAACCUUCAGUCCUGUGCUUAGACAAGGAUCCGGGUCUGCUUACUGUCUAUUUCUUCAACCCCCACCCAACCACUCAGCUUUUUUUCCCUGGAGUCAUCAAAGCUGCUGCUCGCUUGCUGUAUCACACCACGGUGGAUGUGUUGAUGGACCCCCCCAGUGCCAAAGACAGCAUCUUGCAGGCCAGCCCGCAGCCCAGUCUUCUGUACACAGUUGUCGUUAAGGAUGCUAAAACUCUGAGCCCCAGUCCACUGAGGGCUACCUCAGCUGGGACCCUUCCUACCACUCUGUUCUCCACCAUUUUCCCCUUCCAUCUGAUCCUGGACCAGGAGUUGGUUCUGGUUCAAAUAGGACAUGGCCUCAGGAAGAGACUGAGCAGGAAGGAUGGACCGAGGCGAUCCACUACCUUCCAAGAACACUUCUGUAUCGUGUCCCCACAGAUCAAAUGUACCUUUCAGGGCAUCCUGACCAUGCUGAACACGCAGUUUAUCAUUCGGAUCAAGCAUGGAAACACAGAUAACACAGGGAAGCUCAUGGAUCUUAAAGGUCAGAUGAUCUUCGUGUCAGAGUCCAAUGCCAUCUUGUUCCUGGGCUCCCCGUGUGUGGAUAAGCUGGAGGAGCUGACCGGCCGCGGCCUCUACCUGUCAGACAUCCCCAUCCAUAACGCGCUGCGUGAUGUAGUCCUGGUUGGUGAACAGGCUAAAGCCCAGGACGGUUUGAAAAAGCGUCUGGGGAAGGCGAAGGCCGCCUUGGAGCAUGCUCACCAAGCCCUGGAGGAGGAGAAGAAGAAGACAGUGGACCUCCUCUUCUCCAUUUUCCCCGGCACGGUGGCGCAGCAGCUGUGGCAGGGGCAAACGGUCCAGGCCAAGAAGUUCGACAGGGUUACAAUGCUCUUCUCCGACAUUGUGGGCUUCACAGCCGUCUGCUCGCGCUGUACCCCGAUGCAAGUGAUCACCAUGCUCAAUGAGUUGUACACCAGGUUUGACCACCAUUGUGGGGAGCUUGAUGUUUAUAAGGUGGAAACCAUUGGUGAUGCGUAUUGUGUCGCUGGGGGCUUACACAAGGAGAGUGAGCUGCAUGCCGUCCAAAUUGCACUCAUGGCCUUAAAGAUGAUGGAGCUCUCAGAUGAAGUCAGGACGCCAACUGGAGAUCCAAUACAGAUGCGUAUUGGCCUUCACACUGGCUCAGUUCUGGCUGGUGUAGUCGGGGUGAUGAUGCCGCGCUACUGCCUUUUUGGGAACAACGUUACUUUGGCCAACAAGUUUGAAUCGGGCAGCCAACCCAGAAAAAUCAACAUCAGCCCUACAACCCACAGUUUGCUGGAGCAUCGGCCAGAAUUCGUCUUUGUUCCCAGGAGCAGGCAGGAGCUUCCGGCCGACUUCCCAGAAGACAUCCCUGGUGUUUGUUACUUUUUGGAGGCGUCCUUCAAAACGGACUCAGAAGUGAAGUCAAGCUGCUGCACGGCCCAGAAAUGUUAGAUAUCAAGAAAUAUAAGCGUGUUCAGUGAACACGGUGUAAACCCCUGUUGUCUUUGGUUGUUUGGAUAUUGAUGAUAUUGUCUGUCAGUCAAACUCUCGCAGCCGCUUGAUAACAGAGUUGUCAGUUUGCUGUUAAACAUGAGUCUUGUCUCUGUACAAUUAUCUGUUUGUAUUGUUAUAGUGGAAAGAAACACUCGCUUCCUGCAUUUUUCUUCCAGAAUGAGUCAUUUCUCCAAAGUGUUCUCCAAGCUCCCAGCACAGACUGUCAAUAAAGGAUUUUCAGACAUUUUCUUUAAAAAAAAUACAGCAUUGAAGAGGUUCAAAAUGUAGACAGUAAAAGGUGUUGGCUGUCUUUGAUUUGCAGAUUUGUAAAGAAAUAUAUACACGUCAUAUUGCAUAAUGUAGAUAUUAUUCAGAAAUACAUUCUGGAUGUUGAAUCUCAACGUGAUGCAGUUAAACGGAGUCGUUCUUAUUGACGAGGUUGUUGUCUGUAAGUAUCUGACUGGUCCAUUCACGUCUGUCAAGAUAAAUAAAAUGGCUUCCCGUGCAUCAGUGGGAAAGAUUUCAUGACAAAGGAUAUGGAAACGCUGAAGCAAAUUUAAUGAUAAAAUAAAGUUAUGUUGAGUAGAUUCAGGUGCCUUAUGGGAACUGUAUGGGCAGGAUCAGAGAUGUUAAAAAUGUCAAGCUGGUUAUUCCUUGUUAAUUUUACCCGAACCGCCCACCCCCCCCUUGAUAUGGUUCAAAAUGAAUU